CAGUCAAAUCGAAAGUAAUCAGCGAGAAAACAAAGUCGGUAGUGCGUUAUCAUUAGAGAAUGGAAUCAGUGCGUAAAGCCAAACAGAGGCUACGCAACUACCCCGUGCUGCUGGGUAAAUGCGCUGAUAAAGCAGCAGUCUAUGCGGCAUGUGUGACACGAGAUUUAAAUGUGCAGCAUCAUAUUUGCGAUAAGGAAUUCCAACAGUUCAGUGAAUGCUUACAGAAAGCAGCAAAGGAAAUGAAAACGAAAUUGUAAACUGAUUUAUUGAUUUAGAUACACAAAUGGAAAAUUUUCGUAACGAAUGCAUAUAAAACUGAUAUGGAUAAUCUAUUGGAACUCAGUAGGUUAGUUGAAGAGUAA